CCUACCUUGCUACAUGCGUUGUGGAAUACUAACGGUGAGUGACCGCUGCUCUAGCGGUGAAACUGAAGACGAGAGUGGCGAAAACUUGGAAAAUCUAUUGAAAAGCAGCACAUUGAAACCAAAGGAAGUUGUUCGUCAUUGUGUCUCAGAUGACAAGCCUGCAAUUCAGGAUGCUUUGCGAUACUUUUGUGAUGAGCUGAAAUUGGAACUUGUUCUGACAACUGGUGGAACUGGAUUUUCACCUCGGGAUGUUACUCCAGAGGCCACUCGUCCAAUGUUGGAGAAGGAAUGUCCUGGUUUGGUUAUUGCAAUGCUGUCUAAAUCUCUGAAUGUCACACCACUUGCGAUGCUUUCCAGACCAGUUGCAGGCAUUAGGAACAACACUCUUAUCAUUAACUUUCCUGGCAGCAAGAAGGCAUCUCAGGAGUGUUUGUUAUUUGUUAUUCCAUCAUUGCCUCAUGCAAUGGAUUUACUAAGUGGUUUUCCAGUCAACCAUCAUCAUCCAGUCCAACUGGGUGCAAGUCAUGAAGAGCAUACUGAUUUGCCUCAUUCAUUUGGUUGCCAACAUCAUCAUCCUUCUGACAGGAAGGGAAAAGCAUCACAAACAUCAAGUAGAAAACAUUUCACUGCUAGUUCACACACUGAUGAAUCUCGCAUUGCUUGGCGUCCUCGUCAUUCUUCCUAUCCUCUUACACCGGUAUCUCAAGCUAUGAGUGUCAUUCUGGCGAAUGCUCAAACACUACAAACGAUAGCAUCGACAAACCUGCAUGAUGCACUUGGUUUUGUUUUAAAUGGAGAUGUGUUUAGCUGUGAUCCAUUUCCUCCAUUCAGAGCAUCUAUAAAAGAUGGCUAUGCAGUCAUUGCAUCAGAUGGAGUGGGGGAAAGGGAUGUAAUAGCUCCUAUAACAGCAGGAGAACAGAGUGAUGUUGUUGUAAAGAGUGGAAGUGUUACAUGCAUUACCACUGGAGCUGCUGUGCCAGAAGGUGCUGAUGCUGUUGUACAAGUGGAAGAUACAGAACUAGUAGAAAGUAGUGAAGAUGGUCGAGUUGAAACUAAGGUGAGAAUAUGUCGUGUACCGACAACAGGUCAAGACAUUCGUCCAGUAGGGUUUGACAUCAGUGUUGGUGAACAAAUUCUCGCUGCUGGCGACAAACUGGGACCUUCAGAGUUGGGUCUUCUUGCAACUGUUGGGAUCACAGAGGUAAAAGUUUAUAAGAAACCAGUUGUUGCUGUUUUAUCUACUGGAGAUGAGCUUGUCAGUCCAGGUGGGCGUCUGUCUGGAAGUCAAAUCUAUGACAGCAACAGGACCAUUCUUCUGUCAUUACUCAAACAAGAGGGAUUUCCAGCUAUUGACUUCGGCAUCUCACCAGACACUCGUAGUGAUUUGGUUGACAAACUGACUGAUGCAAUGAAGCAAGCUGAUAUUUUAGUAACAAGCGGAGGCGUGUCUAUGGGAGAGAAAGAUUUGCUGAAGACCGUAUUAAUAGAGGAUCUGUCUGCUCAUGUUCAUUUUGGACGGGUGUUUAUGAAGCCAGGAAAACCAACUACAUUUGCUACAGCUACAAUAGAAGGGAAACAGAAACUUAUAUUCUCUCUUCCUGGCAACCCUGUGUCGGCAAAUGUGACAUUCUCUAUGUUUGUAUUGCCUGCUCUUCGUAAAGUAUCUGGAUAUGUCAAUCCACACUUGACGACAAUCAAAGCAAAAUUGGGGUUUGAUUGCUUUCUUGAUCCACGUCCUGAAUAUCAACGAGUUAUUCUCAAAUACGAGUCAGAUAAUGAUUUACCAACUGCCAUGUCAACUGGAAGUCAGUGUUCAAGUCGAAUGCUGAGCAUGCGCAAUGCAAAUGCUUUGCUCACCCUUCCACCCCAAACAGAUGAGAUAACACAGUUAGCACGUGGAACAAUAGUGGAUGCAAUGGUAAUAGGACACAUUUAGAACACCAUAAAAUAUUAUGAUUAUAAAUUAUAAUAAACUUAUUGUCAUUCUAUCUCUGCUACAAUGUAAUCAGUUUCAUGGGGAUAAUAGAGAAAUAUCAA